CUCAGCUGCUGAACGUGCAAACUGCACACCAUUCACUUAGUGGAAGAUUAACCCCUUCCUAGCCUGAAUGUAAUCCCAGCCCCUCCCCCACACUGUCAGUAUGUUUGGGUCCGGAAACGUAAUCUGAUCUUAAACCGUGUGAUGUGAGUGAGCUCUCCUCCGAGCUGGAGCACACACUCACCGUGGGAAUCCCAGCCGAACAGAUCUCCUGUAAGUCAAUCUCAGAUCCAGUCUGCAGCCCCCUAUCCCUCCCUGGGGUCCUACUACACUGCACUAUCUAACCUGAUCCUCAAUCUGAUUAACUAAUCAUUGGCUGGACCCCACUAUGUUUCCCUACCCCCCGCCCAGUGUCUCUGACCCCAGUGUCUGUCUGACCUGGUAUAGUGUCUCUGAUUUGGAGUAGUUCCUCUGACCCCCUCCCCCUGUCUCUGUUACCUGGUAUAGUGUCUCUGACCCCCCAGUGUCUGUCUCUGACUUGGUAUAGUUCCUAUGACCCCCCCAGUGUCUGUCUCUGACUUGGUAUAGUUCCUAUGACCCCCCCAGUGUCUGUCUCUGACUUGGUAUAGUUCCUAUGACCCCCCCAGUGUCUGUCUCUGACUUGGUAUAGUUCCUAUGACCCCCAGUGUCUGUCUCUGACUUGGUAUAGUUCCUAAGUGACCCCCAGUGUCUGUCUCUGACUUGGUAUAGUUCCUAUGACCCCCCCAGUGUUCGUCUUCUGACUUGCAGUUCCUAAGGACCCCCAAAGUGUCUGUUCCUGACUUGGUAUAGUUCCUAUGACCCCCAGUGUCUGUCUCCUGACUUGGUAUAGUUCCUAUGACCCCCCAGUAGUUCCGCUGGUUCUGACUUGGUAUAGUUCCUAUGACCCCCAGUGUUCGUCUCUGACUUGUAUAUAGUUCCUAUGACCCCCAGUGUCUGCUCCCCACUUUGGUAUAGUUCCUAGCAUUUCCCAGUGUCUGUCUCUUGACUUGGUAUAGUUCCCUAUGUGACCCCCAGUGUCUGUCUCUGACUUGGUAUAGUUCCUAUGACCCCCAGUGUCUGUCUCUGACUUGGUAUGUUCCUAUGACCCCCAGUGUCUGUCUCUGACUUGGUGGCAGCCCUAAGUGACCCCCAGUGCUCCUGUCUCUGACUUGGUAUAGUUCCUAUGACCCCCAGUGUCUGUCUCUGACUUGGUAUAGUUCCCUAUGACCCCCCAGUGUCUGUCUCUGGACUUGGUAUAGCCCUGACCCCCAGUGUCUGUCUCUGACUUGGUAUAGUUCCUAUGACCCCCAGUGUUCGUCUCUGACUUGGUAUAGUUCCUAUGACCCCCAGUGUCUGGCAGUUCCCCUGACUUGGUAUAGUUCCUACACCCCCAGUGUUCAGUUCUUGACUUGGUAUAGUUCCUAAGACCCCCCCAGUGUCUGUCUCUGUUACCUGGUAUAGUGUCUCUGACCCCCCAGUGUCUGUCUCUGACUUGGUAUAGUUCCUAUGACCCCCCCAGUGUCUGUCUCUGACUUGGUAUAGUUCCUAUGACCCCCCCAGUGUCUGUCUCUGACUUGGUAUAGUUCCUAUGACCCCCCCAGUGUCUGUCUCUGACUUGGUAUAGUUCCUAUGACCCCCCCAGUGUCUGUCUCUGACUUGGUAUAGUUCCUAUGACCCCCCCAGUGUCUGUCUCUGACUUGGUAUAGUUCCUAUGACCCCUUCCCCCCCCCCCAUCCCAUGUCUGUCUGUGACCUGGUAUGGUGAUCCUGUUAUAGUAUAUUGAGUGCUCUCCCUUUAAUCUUUCUCUUUGUUUACUUACAGCUCCUGGUUACAAGUAUCCGUUGCAGCCAUGGGUGGAGGAAUGAGCCAGGUGCAUGAACCAGCAGCAGCCAGUCUGUGAUAGUGUCCAGUGAGGGAUCACACACAGGGUUUAUCGUGUCAGCUGGAGCGAUCUGCAUUUGGAUCAGUAAAGAUCUAAUUGCUUCAUAGUGUGUUUUGAUUUGUCAUUCCCAUCAGUAGCUCCCAGUGUGUGAUAUCGGCUCCCAGUGUGUCUCUGGGGAUCUUAUUUACUGGAAAUAGUGUCUGGCUUACAAAACAUUCAAAUAGUUCGAAAGUGUCCCCCAGCUCUAAAACAGCCAAGAAAUGGUUCUUUAUAACAUCCACACCUAGCACUUUAUAUUCGUGUGUUUGUUGAGGCUUCCUUGCAGGCAGUGAUGUGCUCCAUGAAAUCACUAUAGUAUAGCAGUCUGUGGCAGGAUUUGGUGUCAGUUUUCUAUGUUAAUAGUGGUAUUAUUAUGAAAACCAUUUAGAAACCACAAUACAGAAACAACUCCACUCUAUAGAAAUAUAUUUCUGAGAGAGAGAAUGGUCAUAAUUGCAGAAGCAGUUUAAUUGUGUUUAAAUUGAUAAUUUAACUGUUCAAUACCUGCACCAUUGAAUAGUUACAAUCAAAUCUUCUAUGGUGCUUUCACUGUUCUGGGUGUAUCUGUUGGAGAUCAGAUGAGGUUCUCUGGAAAUAUCGCUAGUUAUGGUAUUUAUUCAUUAAACUGGGAAUCAGACAAUUUACAAGGGAAUUGCAAAUGUAUGUUAAAAUCCCCGAUGUUGAAAAACUCUGCAACGCAGCCAUUUUCCCAACUUUAAUUUCUUCCCUUUAAAACGAGGAAUUCCUAACUGAGCGAUUAAAUCUCUUUGAGGUUUAUUCUCUAAACGCAAUGCUGCAGUGAGUUGAGAUCUGGACGCACAAUGUUGGAUAACAUGGUGAUCUGGAGAGAUUCUCCAAUUCCCUAUAGUAAUCGUGCUAUUCUGCUACUCGCAAAGUUAUUUACUAAAACCUGAAUUGCAGCAAAUCACAAUCUGACAAAACAGGCGAAGAAGAGAUGGGUUUUGGAAAUAAGAGCGGAUCAGGCAGUAACAGGUACUCGCUAUAUGAUAAAGGGAGCAGAGCCUUGGGAAAUCCUCUGGUAUAGAAACGGGACAAGGGACCAGUAGAACAACUAUAUAGUGCAAAAAUUGAAUAUUAGUUGGAACUCAAUAAAGAGAUGCAAUUGGUGUAUAGAGCUAUCAGUAAGCUCUACUAUGUGGGUCUGGGUGGUACAAUCCCUGUCUGAGGAUGUGAGCUGUAUCCCUUGAUCCAAUGAGGGGUGGUCUGGAGGUUACGCAAUAUAAGCAGAAUUGAUACCAAUAUAGUGUAGUCUACACUGUGUCACGGAUGGGAUAUAGUAAUAGGCACUGCUUAGAAAUGUGUCUGAUUGGUUGUUUUAGAAUCUAACACACAGAGAGAGAGGGGGGUAAAUUAUUCAAUAUAAGGCUUACAAACCAUGAAUGAUUGUUUAUUUUCUGAUUAAUCGAGCUUGCUAAACCUGAUUUUGUGUAUUUGGGAUUUAAUUUUAAGUCGGUUUGUAGAUAGUGCCUGAGAUCUGUCACUGAUAGACUUAGUUAAAUGCCAGGAUGAAAGAAGAUCAGUUAAAAUUAGACUUUGGCCAGCUGCCGUCUCUGGGGAUUCAGGUGUAAAUACAACUCUGUAGAGCAGUGCAUGAAGGGAUAUUGUAUUAACCUUUUAACAAGGAGCCCAGGCUUCUCUUUUAACCAUUAAAGCACACAUUUAGUACAACUAUCUAAGGUCCAUGUGCCAGCACAGCCCAUCCUGUGUAUGUAGAAUUGGCAGUUCUAUACAUCCCUGCAUUUACUCAAUCAGUAAAAAGCAUGGGUAGCUGUACGCAGCCCUGCUGUCACUCAGUAAGGAAAUGGCAUUGGUAGCUGUACGCAGCCCUGCCGUCACUCAAUAAGGAAACGGCAUUGGUAGCUGUAUGCAGCCCCGCCGUCACUCAAUAAGGAAACGGCAUUGGUAGCUGUAUGCAGCCCUGCCGUCACUCAAUAAGGAAACCCUGUAUGCAGCCCCGCCGUCACUCAAUAAGGAAAUGGCAUUGGUAGCUGUACGCAGCCCUGCCGUCACUCAAUAAGGAAACGGCAUUGGUAGCUGUAUGCAGCCCUGCCGUCACUCAAUAAGGAAACGGCAUUGGUAGCUGUAUGCAGCCCUGCCGUCACUCAAUAAGGAAACUGCAUUGAUAGCUGUAUGCAGCCCCGCUGUCACUCAGUAAGGAAAUGGCAUUGGUAGCUGUACGCAGCCCUGCCGUCACUCAAUAAGGAAACUGCAUUGGUAGCUGUAUGCAACCCUGCCGUUACUCAAUAAGGAAACGGCAUUGGUAGCUGUAUGCAGCCCUGCCGUCACUCAAUAAGGAAAUGGCAUUGGUAGCUGUACGCAGCCCUGCCGUCACUCAAUAAGGAAACGGCAUUGGUAGCUGUACGCAGCCCUGCUGUCACUCAGUAAGGAAAUGGCAUUGGUAGCUGUACGCAGCCUUGCCGUCACUCAAUAAAUGGCAUUGGUUGAUGUAUACAGCCCUGCCGUCACUCAAAUGGCGUUGGUAGCUGUAUACAGCUGUGCCGUCACUCAAUAAAUGAAUUGUAUUGGUUGAUGUUUGCAGCCUUGCCGUCACUCAAUAAGUAAAUAGUUUUGUUGGGCUACAUUAAACAAUACCGAAUAUAACCUCUAAAUAUUUUUCAGAAGAGUAAAACAAUAUUUUACAAUUCUACAAACUCUGCAAUCAUGCCAUAGUGUAUCUACUGAAUGUUUGGGUAAUCAGGAAACGUCUAUAGAGGCUGGAGGUGAUUUUGUUAGAACCCAGUGAGCCCUGUAUCUCUAUUCUUAUUAAAGUAAAAGUGAAAAAAUGUAAUAUAAAAGUGAUUAUAUAAAAAGUGUUGUUAAAUACUGUAAUUUUUCUAGCAUUUCACAAUACAUGUAGUUUUUAAUUAUCAUUUACAUUAGUUUUUCUGAUCACAUGGAGCUCUCUGGUUGAAUGAGAAUCAGAGGGAACUGAAGCUAGCUUCAUUCAAAGAGUGUAGGGACAUAGUAUUCACCUUCUGUGUUUUAUUUAUUCUUCUUUUCUCCACGAUACCAAAGCUAUCCUUUGUUUGUGGCUAAUACUUAGUUUAACUUUUAUCAUCUCAGUUAUUUAUUUUUCUUGCUAACUUUUUUUUUUUUUUUUUUAUUGCUAACUGUUUUUUCCCCCCCCAUCACAGGUACUACCUGGUUUACACCUUGGAAAUAUUAGGGGUACGUAGAAAGAUGUGCAUUAUUUCAUUAUCUUUUUAUUUCAUGUAUUUGUUUCAAAGAAACUGCUAUAUUUCACUGAGGGUUAAUCCAGCCUCUAGUAGCUGUCUCACUGACAGCCGCUAGAGGCGCUUCUGCUGGACGUCCAUAGGAAAGCAUUGAGUAAUGCUUUCCUAUGGGCGGUUUGAAUGCAUGUGCGGCUCUUGCUGCACAUGCACAUUCGGAGCUGAGAGGCGGAUCGGGGCGGAGAGAUCCCCAGCGCCAAGGGAGCCUGGCGCUGGAGAAAGGUAAGUGCUGAAGGGGUUUUAACUACACACACACACACACUCUCACGAACAGACGCAUACACACUAGCUAACAGACACACACUCGGUGACAUACACACUCACAAACGGACGCUUACAAAACAUACACACUCACAAACGGACACUCACAAAUGGACACUCACAGGCACACUCACAUUUAUUUAUUUUUAAAUUUAAUCCCCCAGCCUCCCUACUUUUUUGGGAGUGCUGUGGGAUUCCUGCUUUCCCUGGGGUCCAGUGGGGCUGCUGGGCGGCCGGUCCUGCAAGGCUGCAAGGGAGCAUUCUCCCCUGAGCGCUCGCUGCCCAACUCCCUCGCGCACGGCUUACUGAUGCCGGAGCUUGAAUUACGUCAUGUUCCAGCAUUAGUGUGGUGCGCCAGAGGAAGCUGGGCAGAGCGCGCUCAGGAGAGAAUGCUCCCUCUCGCGCCUGCCCGCCCUCAAAGUGAUGCCACUGCCAGCUUUGGGGGUGCCCUGAGGCUGGCAAAAUAGGGCCAAUCUAGCGUACAUAACGGGUCACAAGGCGGCCGGGCAACCUGGAGGCCCGGGCCCGGUCGCAGCCGCGACCCCUGUGACCGCGGUAUGUACGCCAGUGGAGUUUGGUCAUUGCAAGGGUCCAAAAACACCUGGUCUUAAUGCCCAAGUAGAAUGAGGUAGGAGUCUGGUGUUUAUAGUGUGUUAUUUUGACAUGGAGACCAAGUAGAGCGAAAUUGAGUCUGGUCUUAAUAUUAUAUAAAUGUGAUUUAUAUAAAAAGUGUUGUUAAACUGAUAAAUCUGAAAUCUGGUCAAGUAGAGUAAAAUUGUGAAUCUGGUGUGGUAUGUUGCGGUGGAGUUUGGCAUUACUGGAGUAGUGGGGUAAGAUGGGCCAAGAUUGGGUGACGGGCUAGUGGAGGUAAGUGUUGCGUAAUUUGCGUAGUAUGCUAAAGAUGCAGGAAUAGACCACAUGGCUGUUAUACAAGGAUUUGUGUUUCUCUAAUCUGUAUUUUCUAUUCACUUCCUGUAGAUUCAGAGGAUAAGCUUUCCUUGUGUACAAAUGGGGUCACGCACAUUCUGUCUGUCCAUAACAAUGCCAAACCUCUUCUCCAGGUAAGACAGAAUGUUAUAUCUCUAACAAACAAAUGUUUAACUUCUACCUUUUGAAAGACUCGUCAAAUAAUGUUUUUCCCUUCAGAGACAAGUGGAGAAAACCACACAUGAUUCACAUUUUUUGCAGAUAGCACUGAAAAGACAGGACAUACAUGUAUUGGGCUUUAUGAUUGGUCCCUUCUUGACUCUUAUACUAAAACAGGGAUUUCCAAAUUCAGCACUGAUUUCCCCUAGCUGUGGCUUUGCAAAUUUUACAUAUAUAUUGGAACGUGAGCACAACUGGAUUUUACUGCUUAGUAUGUUGCUGGUAAAAGCCUUUUCUAUGAAGGGAUAGACCAGAGGAUGACUAGUUCUAGAGCUUAUUAACGAUAUGAUAACCUUUUGUUACUGAUUAUGUAAUGUUUUUGAAAAUACAAGAUUUUUGGGUUCAUGUGGGAUGAAAAAUAAGUGUUAAUGAGGCUUACAGGCUUGCGUUGGGUGUUUAUGAGACGCAUUUAAUGAAAUGCAUAGGUCUCUUUUUGUGCGCUGAGGACCUGACCGAUUUCUGGAUCUGUAAUACGUUACCUAGAGGAGUGCAUGGAAUCUCACAAUGAUUUUGUAAAUUGUAAAACCUCUACUCUCUUUAUUACAUUUUUUUCCAAAAUGUUGUAAUGAAUCCCAAGCUGCUUUAGAUGCAGUUAAACUCCUUUGAGAAAUAAAUUUGCACAGAUGUGUAGGUGUGAUAUCUCAAAGCCCCAUAAUGUUGCAGGAACAAGUGUUUGACUAGAAAAAGACCUGCGGACAUUCCUGAUGGCAUUCAUUUGCCAACUAAAACAAGCACUCUAAUCUGUGAUGGCUACUGAUAAGCGCCAAGUGAGCCUUGCAUUAAACGGAAAAAUUAAAUCUUCUAACUGUAAUCAGUUGGGAAUUGGCCUGUCCGUUUGGAGCCCCGGCUAUUUGAAUACGGGUAGUAUGAGAAAUUUUCAAGAGGUUUCAAGAAACAAGCACAUUACUCAGCCUGUCACAUUUUGUUAGAUUAGAAUUUUCCCUUUUUUGUGAGUCCUACAGAGAGGUGUGUGAAUGUGUAAUUUCAAUAAGUGGUCAAGAAAGCUUUCUAUUCUAUAUGAGGUCAAUGAUAUUAACAUGGUUAUUGUAAUAUUAAGCUUGCAAAAGUUACCCUAUAAUGUAAUUAAAAUAUGACACAUGGUCAAGCUAGAGAGCAAAACAUUUAAACAUAUAUAUUUUUUUUUCUUUGGGGGAUAUAUAUUGCUAUUGAAAUCUACACUUUAUAUUAUUAUUAUUAUUUUUAUUAUUUAUAUAGCGCCAUCAGAUUCCGUAGCGCUGUACAAUGAAAAAUAGGAGAUACUUCACACACAACGCUUUUCAGCAAGCUGAAGUGCUUAAGGGGUCCCUUUAAAGCAGCAUGACUGCUUAUAAAUCUCACUAUAUUGAUAACCUGUCUAAUAAAGCAGAUUAAGGGAUGGAAUUAAAAAGUGAAGAAAAUAAUUAUACACUAUUACACUAUAUUAUACAUUAUAUAAACACAUGGACACAAAACAUUGCAAAUAAACUGUUAAAUUAUUUAUUUUAAAAUUAGAUCCGUAGUUUCCUCCUAUGUCUACUUUGACUGAAGUAGGAGGCCUUGCGACACAUUUUGUUCUAAGUUCCAGAAUAACUUGACUCAUGUGGCAGGUGCAUUGCAAUAUAUCACAGCAGCUGUCAGUCUUGCUGCAUGCUAUAUUUUGCACACUAGAUGGCAGUACAACUCUGUAAAAUACUGACCACAUUCUUUCAAUGUGCAACGUCAUAAUUUGAACACUAGAUGUCUCUAUUUGAAAGCUAUUAAAUAAAAAUAGCUAUCCCAAUUCCAGAUAUUUUAUUUAUUUUCUCCCUUAUCAUGCAAGCCACUUUAUACUUGUAAUAAGAUAAUGGAAAAACUCCAGACAGAGAGCCUAACAGAAGUAAUCAAAAGGUAGAUCUAGAACAUCCAUGAUGCUUUGACAAACUUACGGAGGGUUAGUCCAAAUUUUAAAUUAUACAAACAUUAUAAAUCUCGUAUAAUCCUCUGAUAUCCAAAUGCAUGUUGCACCCAUCGCCUGCUCCAGUAUUCUAAAUUAAUUCUUCAUUUGGGUGUUACAGUAUGUAUUUUUCGUCUUUUUAUUUCGCCCUAGCGUUUGUCAUUUUUUGCGUUUGAUUGUUCGUGAAAAGCAACUCGCAGUGCUGGUGCAUGGCCCACCACACACCGUGUCUUACAUCAUGUCCUCUGAGUGUGACAGAGAAAAAGGAGAACUUGGAAAGAAGUGGUUGAUUGAGCAAUAAGUCGAGCACAGAUUGAAAGCAGUAACCGCAAUACCGUGGCUUGGGGGUGACUCUGGGUAUCCUCUGCAGAUGUCUCUGGCUUUCUGUGCUUCUUAAAGGCAUGCAGGAAGGAUGCAGCUGCUGUGACCCUGAAAUGGAGCACUUGCUGUCAGGAAGACCACACGGCACUGCUGGUGAAGCUGCAGUUCAUAAAUUAGAUCUUUUAACCCCUCUUUAGCUUAUUAACCAUUUACUUGCAAGACUUGUGAGCAGUGCCGUCCUACAGCCUUAGUAUUUAAAAGGUUAAAUUAGUAAGAGUAAAACAGCAUUAGAAGUGGAAGCAUGCUCUGCUCGUUCAUAAUUAUCUGUUUAUAAAUGGAUAUUCUGGCAAGCCUCUGCUCUCUCAAAGAUGUCUGCUGCCAACAGUGUCUCACUUAUUGAAGAAUAAUAAAUGGAAGGGUAAUGCCAUAUCUUGGCAAGUGAUUGGAAGAUACCUGCAGAAAGUGCGGGCAGAACAUAUCCAGUGUGUUUUGUUUAAACUUGGCAAAUCACGCAUGGCCUCUAAAAAUGGUUUGUACAUGCUUUGUUAAUUUUUUAUUUUAUAUUAUUUAUUAUAUUUUUGUUUGGUAAAAAUGUUAGGAUUUUUAUUUAUUAUUUUUAUUUUUUUUCCUAGGAUUUUUCAUCCAUCCAAUAUGAACAUGCAUUAUAAAGGUUGAUACCAAAUUAGGAUGACCACAUUUUAUUUUGAAUCUGCCCCUGCGAAUAUGGCAUUCUCAAAGGUUGGGGUCAGAAAUCUCCUGACGCCAGGUCUGUGCAUCUUGCUGUGAUAGUAAUAAUGUAACUGAAAGAUCAGAACAGAAGAGUUUGACCUCUCAUCACGUAAUUGGCUCACCAUCUACUGGAAAUGUAAUGAUUUCUGGGCUGAUUUUUCCGCACGCAGUGUGUUCCUCCAUGAACAUAAUAAUGCUGAAUGCAAAUUAUCUGCAAUUUUCAUUUCUGAAUGAUGGAGGAAAUUGAAGAAAGCAGCGGCCAAAUUUAUGUUUUGGCCUUUAAUUCUUUAUUGCAGUUCCUCCCGCAGUCUGUCCUUUAUGACUUUUAAGAGAUCUUGCAGAGAGUGUAGUAACUGACAGAUGAAGGAUGUGUUUUGAGGGACUGACAGGAAGGGGGACAGGCUAAGCUUUGUCAAACAGUGCGUGGGUAACACUGAACAGCUGUGGCCAACAUAAAUAAUGGCCGUUGGGAUGCUCUUGGAAGGGGCUGCAACACCUGUGUGUACUCAGAGUGCUGUCCUAAAUUUCAAAAUGGACGAUUUUUCUGCUGUAUAGACAGGAGCUCACCUGUCUGCUUGGAAUGCCCAGAUAAUAUGCAGACAUAUAAAUAUUAUGAUGACUAUAUGCAGAUGUUCUAAUCACACCUGAGAAAUACCUAUUCAUUGGGACAAGUGGACAGCAUUUGUGGCCAGCCUAGCCUUGUCACUUUAAUGGAACAAUUUGGUCAAGUCUACCUGUACCGCUUACUUAACAGAUCCUUGUCACUUUAGCUUUUGAUGACUACACAUCUCAUAAGGCUCAGCAAGUCAACAGAAUCAGAAAGCACUCCGCUAUUGUGCUAAUACCUGUAGUAUUACAAUUUGCACUAGUUUGCAGUGUUGGAUCGUUUUUAUGUUUUUUUUUUUUUGUUUUUUUUUUUGUGCUUUUUUUUGGGGGGAGGGGGUUUUGCAAUUUUCAGAAAUGUAAACAUAACUACCAUGGAAAAUAGAUUGCAGGUAAAUAUUCCUGGAGAGUUUGAUGUCUAUUUUGUUAAAGAUUCCGGGGUUGACAACAACUGCUUUUCUAAAUGUUCACAGUAUUACAUAUGUGACAAAUUAACUGCUGAGUGAUUUAGAAUGUGUUGUAGUACUUUGGCAGUGGAGGGGUUAAGCCACUAGUCCCCGCUGAGACGUGGACUGAAUGCUGACAGCAGUGGUUGCUCCAGAUCUACAGGCUACACAUAUGGUCCGAUCCAGUUUACCCUGUGAGAGUAAAAAAUGGCCAUCUAACUCCCUAAUUUAUAGAAAAGGUUCAUUUUCUAUAUUAGAGGCUUGUCGCUGGUUUAGAAACUGUAGCGGUCACCCUGAGAGAAGAGGGGUAUCCUCUGCCAGAGAUGUCAUUUUCCCCUAGUGUGGGUAGCGCUGCAGUGUUCCCAAGUUGAUCUCCAAGCAGUAAGAAAAGUGGCAUAGCUCUUAUAAGAGUUAGUGGUUAUAACAAGUAUAGCUGUUCCCUACAAUCACGAGACGAGGCUGCGUGUUGAGGGUAAAGUGAACAGAUUUUAAUGGAGCCACACUUGGCCUUUUAUGACAAUCCCCAUGCAAGGGGUACUCCCAACUGGACCUGAUGGAAGACUGAAUUACAAAAUAUAAUAUAUGUGAACGCAUAAACACAUGUACAUAUACAUACACAUACAUGAACUCAUAUACACAAAUAUAAAUGCACAGUAAUAUAAAUAAGCAUUCAUGUAUGGGAAAGCAUAGGUCUACACAUAGUACUUUGUAUAUAGAUAGAAUAAACAUAUAGGAAUGCAUUUUAAAGUGUUGGUACAUAUGACAGAAUAGUGAGAUUAUGCUGGGAGAGUGUUCAUGUAAAGUGUUGGUAGUGGGACAGGAAUCCCAAAUCAAUAUUUAGUCCUCUCUUCUUGCUGUUAAACCAUUUAAUCAUUCUGGCUUCAAAGGCUUUUCUUUCCUGGGUAUUUUUAAAACCCCCUUGUCAGUACUUUGAUUUUUAGGUCCUUCAGUGAGUGGCCAGGCUGGGUAAAGUGGUGUCCCACAGGAGUGCAGUAGGAUUCUUCUUUGUGGCGUUUAAAAGAAUGUCUGUGCAUAUUCAUUCUGCCAUUUAAUGGCUGCGUGGUUUCCCCAAUGUAGCAUCCUAGGUGGCAGGCCCGGACUGGCCAUCGGGCACACCGGGCAAAUGCCCGGUGGGCCGCGGUGUCCGUGGGGCCGAGGCCGGCAGGGGAGGUCCCAGGAUCUCCCCUGCCGGUCUAUGCAGGGCCGGCACUCUCCUAGCGCCGGCCCCGCUUUGUGCCACGACGGGCCGGUUGGGGAUCAAGGAUCUCCCUGACCGGCCCACAUGCGGCCGCCGGCGGGGAGGGAGGGAGCCCGCCAGCCAGGCUGGAGAGAGGACUCGGCGGAGCUCUAACUUGCAGCUCCGCCGGGUUCCUCUCGCGAGAUCCGGCACGUUGCCAUGGCAACGACCGGAUCUCGCGAGAGUGAACUCUAGCCUCACUGGCUAGAGUUCACUCACCCACGAGGACCACCAGGGAACACCGCCACCCUGCCUGCCAGCAUGCCGGACCCCCCCUCCCAGGCUAAAGGUAAGAAGGGAGGGGGGACAUAAUGCCUGUUUUUUUUAUUUUUUUUUUUUUAUUUACCCCCCCCUACACACACACACAAUAACAUUUAUACAGCACUCUCACACCCAUCACACUCACAGCACUUUCACACACAGAACUCUCUCACAGAGCACUCUCUCACACACACAGCACUCUCUCACACAGCACUUUCACACACACACAGCACUCUCUCACAGAGCACUCUCACACACACACAGCACUCUCUCACACAGCACUCUCACACCCAUCACACACAGCACUCUCACAGAGCACUCUCACACACUCACAGCACUCUCUCACACAGCACUUUCACACACAGCACUCUCUCACAGAGCACUCACACACACACAGCACUCUCUCACACAGCACUCUCACACCCAUCACACACAGCACUCUCACAGAGCACUCUCACACACUCACAGCACUCUCAAACCCAUCACACUCACACCCAUCACACACACAGCACUCUCUCACAGAGCACUCUCUCACACACACAGCACUCUCUCACACAGCACUCUCACACCCAUCACACACAGUACUCUCACAGAGCACUCUCACACACUCACAGCACUCUCUCACACAGCACUUUCACACACAGCACUCUCUCACAGAGCACUCUCACACACACACAGCACUCUCUCACACAGCACUCUCACACCCAUCACACACAGCACUCUCACAGAGCACUCUCACACCCAUCACACUCACAGCACUUUCACACACACAGCACUCUCUCACAGAGCACUCUCACACACACACAGCACUCUCUCACACAACACUCUCACACCCAUCACACACAGCACUCUCACAGAGCACUCUCACACACACACAGCAUUCUCUCACACAGCACUCUCACACCCAUCACACUCACAGCACUCUCACAGAGCACUCUCACACACACACAGCACUCUCUCACACAUCACUCUCACACCCAUCUCACACAGGGCACUCUCACACGGCACUCUCACACCCAUCACUCACACUGCACCCUCACACACACACAUACUGCACCCCUCACAUACACACAGAACCCCCCAACACACUGCACCACACACAUACACAAUACUUCCAAAUAUAUAUAUGUGUGUGUGUGUGUGUAUAUAUAUAUAUAUAUACACACACACACACACACACAACACUCUUAAAGGACCACUCUAGCCACCCAGAACACUUCAGCUUAAUGAAGUGGUCUUGGUGCCAGGUCCUUCUAGGGUUAACCCAUUGUUUUAUAAACAUAGCAGUUUCAGAAAAACUGCUAUGUUUAUCAAUGGGUUAAGCCUUCCCCCAAAACCUCUAGCAGCUGUCUCAUUGACAGCCGCUAGAGGCGCUUGCGUGCUUGUGCACGCAAGCGUCCAUAGGAAAGCAUUAUAAAUGCUUUCCUAUGCGACCGGCUGAAUGCGUGCGCAGCUCUUGCCGCGCGUGCGCAUUCAGCCGACGGGGCGGAUCAGAGGAGGAGAGCUCCCCGCCCGGCGCUGGAAAAAGGUAAGUUUUAACCCCUUUCCAGAGCCGGGCGGGAGGGGGUCCCUGAGCCACAUAUGCAUCACAUUACACCACAAACACAACACGACUAAAACCGACCUUAUUACGCAAUACCACACCACGACCAGCUCACUCUACACACACGCAAUACCACAAGCAGGCUCCAAACACAUGCACAAUACUCUUUCCUGGCCCUUUUGUCUCCUGGUAUCCAUUUAUAGAGACACCAGAGACAAGUUGCAAGGAAACACAGUGCAAGCAUGUUAUUAAAUUUGCUUGCACUGUGCAGAACAAAUACAGGACUUUUUUCUCAUGCUAGAGCUCUUCAGCAGAGCUCUGCGCAUGGUCUGCCCUGGAAGAGCAUUGAACCAACAUGCUUGCUUUGAGAGGAGGCGUGUUUGUCAUUGGUGAUGACAAAACACACCUCCUAUGCCCCGCCCCCUUUUUAGUGGGCCGCUGUGUUAAAAAAAUGCCCGGGCCGAAUUUUUCUCCCAGUCCGGCCCUGCUAGGUGGCAUUUUAUGCAUUGAAUCAUGUAUACCACAUUGCUGGAUGUGCAGGAGUAUGAACCUUUAAUGCUGUAGGUUUUAUUGUUGUGUGUGUGUGUGGCUGUGUUGUCUGUGCAUAUGUGCUGACACAGUUUGCAGUGAGGUUUUUUGCAUUGACUGGUCCCAUUUUCUUCGUUCUUACCAUCAGUGGGCAGCCUCCUGUUGAUUGAUUUUUGUUGGAGGUUUGGUGGUUGUCUGAAGGCCAAAAUGGGUGUUUCAGGGAAAAUGUUUUUCAGAGUCUCAUCUUCUGUUAAUAUUGGUUGUAGGUCUUUGAUGAUUUUCCGUAUUUCCUCAAGAGCUGGGUUAUAGGUGACCACAAGUGGCACUCUCCCAGCAUUAUCUCACUAUUCUGUCAUAUGUACCAACGCUUUAAAAUGCAUUCCUAUAUGUUUAUUCUAUCUAUAUACAAAGUACUAUGUGUAGACCUAUGCUUUCCCAUACUCUUAUGCAUGAAUGCUUAUAUAUAUUACUGUGCAUUUAUAUUUGUGUAUAUGAGUUCAUGUGCAUGUAUGUAUGUGUAUAUGUACAUGUGUUUAUGCGUUCACAUAUACAUAUUUAUGUGUGUGCGCAUGUAUAAAGUGUACCAUCCUGUGCACUGUCUGCUUGUUUGUUUUUCUUUUCCCUCUCUCCCCCCUCACUCUGCUCUUCAACAAGAUAUUUAUGACCCUCUGCUAAGAUGGUGUCUAUUUUCUAACAAACCUGUGUCUUAUCUACACUCAUGUCGCUUUAACCCCUGUAUCACAACUCAACUUUGAAUUCUAUGUGUCGUUUUGCUCAGAAAUGCUUCAGACUUGAGAAAGGGAGGUUCUCCCGAAAGCUUGUCAUUAAAAAAUUCUGUUAGUCCAAUAAAAAAGGUAUUACAAGAUAUGAAUUUUAUCUGUUUUUUACAUAUAUAUUUAUCAAUAAUGCUUAUUUAUUUUACUUUUUAUUUCGGAGAUCUUCAUAGCACUCCAACAGAUAAAACAAUGCUUUGUAACAUUAUAAGAUGACCGUAUAAAACUAAUCACAGUAAAUUCCCCCUUUUUGAUCUAUUUUUUUUUUUUUAAAUUCUAAAAUGCAUGAUGUUGGCAGCCACAAGUAAUUUGUAAGGAUUACCGCCGGGGAAGGUAAUAACAGGCAGAACAAACAGGCGGAUCAUUAAUAGACUUUAAAGGAAAGGCAUAGACCGCCUAUAAUGAAUGUUCACUGGUCGGGGAACAUAUAAUGUGAGGGUGGGGGGCAGCUUUGAUACACAAUGGGUCAGUCUAGAGGAGUAAAGGCGACACUUGCAUUCAAGAUGUUUUCGAACUACAUUUCCCAUGAUGCACAGCUAACUUAGUGAGCAUAUACUUUACAAAUAUCUGGGGUUGCCAAAGUUGGCGGUCUCUAUCUCUAGUCCCUGCCAUAUUACAUAGACAUACGAAUUAUGUAAGAAAUCCCUUUUACAAGCUUCUAAUACUCCAGGAAUAGAGAGAGAAGGAACUGAUAAACAAUGGUGGUCUUGUAUUGCGUGUAUUAAUGCUUGUCUGUGUGUGGCAAGAAGUGUGAGUCUUUCUGAAUAAUGUCUUCCUGAUGUUUUGGCUAUUUAUAAACUCCAGAUGUUCCCGCGGAAUCCAUUUCCUGCUCUCUCUCCUCUCAGACAGCUGCAAACCAAGGCAGGAAAAAAAGGCUUCUUUUUAUGACGAAUUCCCAUACAUUCCUUUUGUACAGGCCAGUACGGCGGUCGUUACGGCGUGAUUAUUAAUCUUUAUAGGAUGAGGGGGCACUAUAAACAUGUAAUCAUAAUGAUAUUUGUGUCGGAAGGGUUCCGUGAUGACAGAGUAUAUUUUAAGGAGAGAACCAUGUGACGUUUUCAGGAUCGAAUAUAGACAGAAUAUCUUCCAAGCUGUUUACAAGAAAGGGUUAAACUGUCUGGGAGCACAGUAUUGAGAAUGUUCAUGUCUGGCUGCUGCCAACGUGAACACCAAUGGCAAAUAACCUCCAUUUGAUUAAAUAUGCAUAGGGCUUUGGGAAGAACGCAGGUAAAAAAAAUUUUCCUUUGGUUAUUAUUACUGCUAUUUACAAAGUUUCAAUAAAUUCAGCAGCGAUGUAGAAAUGGUGGACUAACAACAAGACGAAGGUGCUGAGGGCCUGGCUCUAAUGAGUGUACAUUCUAAGGGGUGGGAGGGACGAUGUAUGGUCUUCAGUCCAUUAUGUAGGGGCUUCAUCUAGAGCGAAAUCUAACUCUACAGUAGAUGUUAUUCUUAUUCUUUGUUUUAAAAAAAAUAAUUUUUAAUGGUUUUCUAGAAUGCUUUGGGUAGAUGCCAUAAAUACAUGUAUGAAUACAAUAUUAACCUAUAAAACAUGAAUACAAUGAAACAAAAUUAAUCUAUCUAUGCAACCGGAGGCUGAGUCUUAUUUCCACCACAGAAGGUCAUCUUUGUUUUCAAGACACAUAUUAAAGGAACACUUUAAUAAUAAUAAAAAAAACAAAAAAACCCUAUAUUUUUGGGUUUAACGUUUGGAGUGCUCAUUUAUCCAUUAACAUGCUCGGCACCUUCCACCAACCUUUUAAAAAUAUAUUCCCCUUUUUUUUUAUUUUUUAUUUUUUUAUUUUUUCAUUAUUGGCAAAUCCUCUCCAGCUGCUGCAGUAAGGACCGUAUCCCUUCCAGUUCAGACAAAACAGGCGCACCUGUCACACCUGUCCAUACUGCCCAACAAUCAGCAGGACAGUCCCUAAUUUGGUAUUCUCUACUGCUGUCCUAGCUUUGCUCUCUGGCAUCCUGCAUUGGCAAACAAUAGAGACUAAGUCCUCAUAAGGCCCAGCAUGGGUGUUUGACUAUAUAUGCUCUCGCACUAAGAGAAGAUCACCAUAACACUGCUCUCACAUGUGAGGCCAUCAGUGGGCUUGCCCAAUGUUAUGGUACCUUCAUGUCAGGCUGACAUGCCUCUUCUUUGGCAGGCCCAUCAGCAGUCAUGUAAGCACGCUCCCUGGCACACCUCCAGUUUCCUUCUGUUUUGAGUUUAGUGAAUUCUCAAAGUUCUGAUCGUUCCUCAUACAGGGUUAUUCACUAAAAAGAAAAUCAAAUGUCAAAAUUGCUGAACUGGAAAAAUUUGAAGUCCGCUAUGCUUCCAAUUCGGCUACUUUGGCCUUAAAUGUGAAUUUCACUUUAGUAAAUAAUCCUGAUAGUGGGAGGAAAACGUGUGUUAUGUUUUAUAUUUUUAUUCUGUGAGGACAUUGAACGUUAUCUCCGAAUAAUCUGUGUGUGUGUGUGUGUAUAUAUUAAUCCAGCUGGUGAGAUUUAUAACCUUUUUAUAUUGAAAUAUAUUUUGUUUUAUUAUUUUGUGUUGUAUAGAUUCACUUUUAAAAUUAUUUUAUGAUAACCCGUUAUUGUUUAACUGAAUUAUUUGUGAUGGCCUUUUCUUUCUAUCUACCUGGGAUAGCGAUUGGUGGUGAUUAGAGUAUACUGUGUGUGUGUGUGUGUGUGUGUGUGUGUGUGUAUAGAGAAUGUAGAUAUUCCCGAUUACAUCAUACUAUGUUCUGUCUGUGUUUUGCAGGAAAUGAACUAUCUCUGUAUAGCAGCCUCUGAUUCAGCCAGCCAGAAUCUGUAAGUUGACAGAUACUUCAUAUUUUCCGCUCUUGUACGUAUCAGAAAGACGCCUUAAAUUCACUGAUCAGUUUCAUUUCUUUCAAAUCUUUGUGCCACAUUGUGGAAAAUACAAGCAGGAUGUAGCUGUAUCUUUACAAAAAUCUAUGGAUUGAUGCAUCCUUUCAGCUAAAAAGGCGCACCAGUAUGUCGAUUCUGUGGUUGUGACUAAGUCCACAUUAAUACGAACCACAAACUGAGGUAGAGACGGAAAAUACAGAUCUAGGUGACCGAUAAUAACUUGACAGAAGGACUAAAUAUGCUGUUCAAUUUCAACAAGCAAUGGUUAAUCAUGAAAUCAGUCUUUUUAAAAAAAAAAAUUUUCAUAUGUUAGGCCUGUUAAUUCCCCCCUCCCCUCCAAAUAUAAAAAACAAAAGUGAGAUACAAUUGAAUUGUUAACUUUUCUGGGAAAAGUUGUAAAUCCUCUUUCAGUUUUCUGAAGCUGUAUUCGGCAAGUAUAGUUUUCUAGAAUUAUUGAAGAAGCUGAUAUUAACGUGAAAUAGUUAUACUUGUCCUUGUCCUAAAAUUCUGGGUCAACUAAAAGAUUGUGUGCAGCAGAUUGUAAUGAUAAUAAAUGUAAAAGGUACGUCUGCAGGGACUGCUACCUAGCACCUUUUUAACUUCGCAGCAAGUUGUUAGUAGUUAUGGUGCCUGGAGUGGUUGAGUCAUUCCUGAAUUGUGAGUCAGGCCUUAAACUAAUUUUCAUAACUUACAUUCAUUACAACAUACAGUGCCUUGCAAAAGUAUUCACCCCUUCCCCCUUGACUUUUUACUUACUUUUUACAUUAGUGUUAAGUUCAAUGUUUUAUUCAUCUGAAUUUUAUGUGAUAGAUCAGAACACAAUAGUCUAAGUUGGUGAAGUGAAAUGAGAAAAAUAUAUACAUAAAACAAUUUUUUUUUUAGAAAUCGAAAACAGAAAAUUGGCAUGUGCGUAUGUAUUAACCCCCUUUGUUAUGAAGCCCAUUAAAAGCUCUGAUGCAACCAAUUACCUUGAGGUCACAUAAUUAGUGAAAUGAUGUCCACCUGUGUGCAAUCUAAGUGUCACAUGAUCUGUCAUUACAUAUACACACCUUUUUUGAAAGGCCCCAGAGGCUGCAACACCUAAGCAAGAGGCACCACUAACCAAACACUGCCAUGAAGACCAAGGAACUCUCCAAACAAGUAAGGGAGAUGCGGAGUUCCACAGCAGAGACUGGAGUAUCUGUACGUAGGACGACAAUAAGCCGUACACUCCAUAGUGCAAAAAACAAAAUGGCACGUUUUGAGUUUGCGAAAAGGCAUGUGGGAGACUCCCGUAAUGUAUGGAGGAAGGUGCUCUGGUCUGAUGAGACUAAAAUUGAACUUUUCUGCCAUCAAAGAAAACGCUAUGUCUGGUGCAAACCUCACACAUCACAUCACCCAAAGAACACCAUUUUAGCAGCCGGGACUGGGAAACUGGUCAGAGUUGAGGGAAAGAUGGAUGGUACUAAAUACAGGGAUAUUCUUGAGCAAAACCUGUACCACUUUGAGCGUGAUUUGAGGCUAGGACGGAGGUUCACCUUCCAGCAGGACAAUGACCCCAAACACACUGCUAAAGCAACACUUGAGUGGUUUAAGGGGGGACUUGUAAAUGUUUUGGAAUGGCCUAGUCAAAGCCCAGACCUCAAUCCAAUAGAAAAUCUGUGGUCAGACUUAAAGAUUGCCGUUCUCAAGCGCAAACCAUCCAACUUGAAGGAGCUGGAGCAGUUUUGCAAGGAGGAAUGGGUAAAAAUCUGUGGUAAGAUGUGGCAAGCUCAUAGAGACUUAUCCAAAGCGAAUUGGAGCUGUGAUUGCUGCAAAAGGUGGCUCUACAAAGUAUUGACUUUAGGGGGGUGAAUAGUUAUGCACAUUGAGUUUUUCUGUUAUUUUGUCCUAUUUGUUUUCUUCACAAUAAAAAACCAAAAACACCUACAAAGUUGUGGGCAUGUUCUGUAAAUUAAAUGAUGCAAAUCCUCAAACAAUCCAUGUUAAUUCCAGGUUGUGAGUGUCACGUAUUCAUCCGCUUAUAGAAAUGUGGUUAAUGACAUUUACUGUCCACACAGGAAAAGUUGUGCCGAGCAGCAACCUAAUCCACAGAAAGGUUAAUGCUGAGCAGUAAUUGUGCAUAUGAAACCUGGUGUCACGUAUUCAUCCGCUUAUAGAAAAGUGGUUAAUGACAUUUACUGUCCACACAGGAAAAGUUGUGCCGAGCAGCAACCUAAUCCACAGAAGGGUUAAUGCUGAGCAGCAAUUAUGCAAAUGAAACCUGGUAACUGACUUUGGGGUCAAAGGCCGGUUACAGCCUAUCAGAACUAAAGGAGGGGUAUUUAGGCCCAGUUCUCAGCCUGCUCAGUGCCCUGUCGUGGUUUCCCUUGUGGUUGUCCGAGAGCGCGUUCCUGUUUAUAGUUUUCUACCUGGUUUUUGACUUUGGCUUUGUUUAAUGACUUCUCUAUAUUCUGGUAUCCUGACUCCUGGCUUUCCUCAUCGCUGUGUCCCUUUCUGUGUUCCCUGACCUCGGCUAGUAUCUUUGUACGUUAAAUCCGGCCAUUCUAAGGACCGGUAAUACGUUACUUAUUUGUCAUCCGUGCUGUACAGUUCUACGUGCUGGAUCAAACAGUAAUCCUGACAGUGAGGUAACAAAACACGAAAAAUGCCAAGGGGGGGGGGGCGAAUACUUUUGCAAGGCACUGUACAUCUUUAAUAUACAUUUUAUUUCUAUAACUUUCUCUUAAUUUAGAGCAAUUUUUUUUUCAUGCUGUUGCCCCACUACCUCCCCCUUGGACUAGCGGGAUUGGUCCCUGUCCACAUCUUGGAGGCUCCCCUUUUACUUCAGGGCCACGUGAUGCUGCCGUAAGACUAUGCAGAAAAUAUAGCUUCCAACUUUACAUGGUGGCCACCAUGAGCUCCUCCAUAAAGGGGAUGCGUUGAGAUGUCCAGUAAUAUCUCGCAAAAUCUCUGCUGAUUUUUGACAGAAUGGACAAAAUAGACUGCACCAAUCUGCUCCGUGGUUGCCGAGCAACUACUUACCUCAAAGCCAAUCCUACAUCCCCAGUGCAAUUCUAGCACAUUCAACCACAGAGAAGGCACGACUAGCCUUGGAGAGGGUGGACUGUGAACCUGCAUUGGUGGUUGGUCUACACUAGGUAAGUCUUGGGACUCCUUGGAGGGCUGUAAUACAGAGAGAAAAACUAAUGACAACUAUGGGCCUCUCCUAUUACCAUGCUUGGAAAACACAUUUAACUACACAUGGGAAACUAGGUCUGAAGAACUUCUUCAUACUGUGGAACUGUGUACAGCUCUUGGAGACUACACGCUGAUCUGGGUACCUCGUUGUCCUCUCGUCUCCUAUCACUGCUUCACAAAAUUAGUCGAUAUGGAGCAACCGUUUUAGUUUUUGGUGUUCCUAUUCACUUACUGACAGCCGAUAUCUUAUUUCUUAGGCCUUAAUUGUUCUGGACGUUUACCUACUAGAUGUCUAGGAACCUCCUGGGUGAAUUGUUCUUUUGGAAACACAACUGUAUACAUACCAGACAGAUAGAUAUAUAGCUCUGUGAUUAAUGCAAUACUUGUCAUUGAAACAUAGAAUGUGACGGCAGAUAAGAACCAUUCGGCCCAUCUAGUCUGCCCAAUUUUCCAAAUACUUUCAUUAGUCCCUGGCCUUAUCUUAUAGUUAGGAUAGCCUUAUGCCUAUCCCACGCAUGCUUAAACUCAUUUACUGUGUUAACCUCUACCACUUCAGCUGGAAGGCUAUUCAAUGCAUCCACUACCCUCUCAGUAAAGUAAUACUUCCUGAUAUUAUUUUUAAACCUUUGUCCCUCUAAUUUAAGACUAUGUCCUCUUGUUGUGGUAGCUUUUCUUCUUUUAAAUAUAGUCUCCUCCUUUACUGUGUUGAUUCCCUUUAUGAAUUUAAAUGUUUCUAUCAUAUCCCCCCUGUCUCGUCUUUCCUCCAAGCUUAUACGUGUUAAGAUCAUUUAACCUUUCCUGGUAAGUUUGAUCCCGCAAUCCAUGAACCAGUUUAGUAGCCCUUCUCUGAACUCUCUCUAAGGUAUCAAUAUCCUUUUGAAGAUACGAUCUCCAGUACUGCGUACAAUACUCCAAGUGAGGUCUCACCAGUGUUCUGUACAAUGGCAUUGUAUCUCUUUGCUAUACCAUGAUAUUGGGCCCAAUGUGGUAUUGUUCUGCCAUUGCACAAAAAAGUAGCCAAGCUGUGACUAUGGAAAAUUGGAGAUUUUUUAUUUUCUUUAAAUCCGCUAGUUUUUUCCUCAAUUUUGUUUUUCCAAAUUAAUAUGUUAAACUUAGAUUUUAAUGAAUAAUUCUGUAAGGGUUUCUAUCUCCAAUCCCUUUUCCCUUCUUCCUUUUCUUAAGAUAUCAGAACCUCCUAAUCAACAAGGAUUUCUUGUUCAGCCUUACUCUCUCACCAUAUCGCCCUCCUCACAAUAAUAUCGAUUCCCUGCUUCCUAUCUUCAUCAUCUUAAUAGACUCCUCAGCCGCAAAUCUUUUCAUAUCCUCACAGUCUCUUCCUUCCCUUCCAAGCAACUUUUUAUUUUUAUUAUUCAAUAACUUUAAUGUUUAGAUGUUUAGCAUUGCGCUGUGCCUUGAUUUAUCCCUUGCACGUUUCACAAAGUUAUGAGCACAUUUAAUUGGGCCUACAGGGUUGAUAGAUGCCUCUGUGUGCCAUAUGGCAUAGGUUUCCCAUCACUUUUCUAAGCUACAAACCCAUGUCUCUACAGGUGAGCCUUUUUGUCUUCCCAUGGACAAAUAUCUUCCAGCAUCUAGUCCAAUGUAUGUCCCAUAUUUAUUUAUUAAUAAAAUAUUUUUACCAGGAAGGAUACAAGGAUACACUCAGUAGCUAUAUGCGCAAUACCAUGUUUGCCAUGGUGAUUUUAUGAGUAAUAAAACAAUGUUAAAAUAAGCAACUAUGUUAAAGGAAGAAAAAUGUGAGCACUAUUUACUUGUAAAACAGAUAUUAAAUCAGACUUCGCAGAGCCCUCCUGUGGCCAGACUGAGAAUUGCAUAUAGCACAAAUUUGUUCAAAUUUAACUCGCUUCACUUUUCUUUUUAAAUACUAGCACUUAAAUAUUUUAGAUGCUGUCAGAGAAAUCAGUUGUCAUACCAUUUGCAGUAGCUUGCAAAAAUGACAAACACAUGCAUAUAGUAACCUCUUAGAGAAAGUUCAUGUUAACACACUGUUCUUAUAGUCAUCCAUCAGAACCGCAAGGUUUAAAAAUCUUUAGAGAUUAUUUAAAUGAAUUUUUUUUUUUUUUUUUUUACAAUUUUUUAUUUUCUGUAUUGGGGUAAAGGGGUACAAAAGGAAAGGAGGGUUCAGCAGAUGGUGGUUUUUUUUUUUUUUUUUUUUUAAAUCAAUUAAUCCCGUUUUUUAUAUUUUUAACGGAGUAGAUCCUGACUAGGCCUUUACAGAUUUCAUAUAAAACUUUGUACUUUGAUCAUUGUAAUCAUCUCGCAGGUGAUUGGCUGUCGCUUGCCCAAAUGUUACCAGCACAUGCUUUCCACCUGAUCAAAUAGUCAGACAUAGGUCCUUGUGAAACAAAAGUUUGCAACAGGGUUGAUCCAGGAGGGGUAUGCCAAAUGAUUUAGGUAAAUUAGAAAAGAGUUGUGUCAACUGACAUUUAAUGUGAAUAAGUGCAAGAUAAUGCUUCUUGGAUACAAAAACCAAAGGGCAGAGUACAGAAUAUUUGAUAGUCCUAACCUCAACAUAUGAGGAAAGGGAUUUAGGGGUGAUUAUUUCAGAUGACUUAAAGGUAGGCAGACAAUGUAAUAAAGCAGCAGGAAAUGCUGCAGAAUGCCUGGUUGUAUAGGGAGAGGUAUUAGCAGUAGAAAGAGGGAAGUGCUCAUGCCAUUGUACAGAACACUGGUGAGACCCCACUUGGAGUAUUGUACACAGUACUGGAGACCGUAUCUUCAGAAGGAUAUUGAUACCUUAGAGAGGGUUCAGAGAAGGGCUACUAAACUGGUUCAUGGAUUGCGGGAUAAAACUUACCAGGAAAGGUUAAAGGAUCUUAACAUGUAUAGCUUGGAGGAAAGACGAGACAGGGGGGAUAUGAUAGAAACAUUUAAAUACAUAAAGGGAAUCAACACAGUAAAGGAGGAGACUAUAUUUAAAAGAAGAAAAACUACCACAACAAGAGGACAUAGUCUUAAAUUAGAGGGGCAAAGGUUUAAAAAUAAUAUCAGGAAGUAUUACUUUACUGAGAGGGUAGUGAAUGCAUGGAAUAGCCUUCCAGCUGAAGUGGUAGAGGAAAACACAGUAAAGGAGUUUAAGUAUGCGUGGGGUAGACAUAAGGCUAUCCUAACUAUAAGAUAAGGCCAGGGACUAAUGGGAGUAUUUUGAAAAUUGGGCAGACUAGAUGGGCCAAAUGGUUCUUAUCUGCCGUCACAUUCUAUGUUUCUAUGUUUCCAGGGAGUUUGCUUGCUGCCUGAAGGAGGCCACAACAUCGUGCCCAACUCCCAGCCUUUAACCUCACCACCUCAGUUGAGGUGACCCCUCGAGGACCCCCCUACCAGCCACCAGUGCUGCGCGGGCUGGCUCCACCCCGUGAAGUUCGGCAUCUGUCCGCCACUUCUGAACCUGUCCCCAAAAGGGGGUCCUGUAUCAGCAAAUACACCAGACGCAUCUGGACAACUUGGGCCAGACUAGUCUACUCCAUGGGGUUUAACGCUACUAGAAUGAGCCCUCUGGAGCCUACCACCCUUCAGGACAUGUAGUCCAACCAAGGAGUCCAGAGCUGCACACAUUGGUCAGAUCUGCCCUGAAGUGAUGCUGUUAAUGUUUCUAUAUUGUAUAGUUCUUAUACUUUAGCCAACCAUUACUGUAUCGUGGGGAUGUCCGCCAUCCACCAUUUUGUAGGGAUUAGCAGGGGACGGGUCAGCGCGAUUCGAAUGAAGAUGAAGCAUAGGAAGGGGUUGUUUCAGUAGAUCGGUGUCCAAGAUUUCCGAAAUUAGACCAUGGCUCCUGUCCCAGAACGGGGUGAUCAUGACCACCAUAUGUGAAUGUCCGUGUUAAUUUUACGUUCACACCUCCAGCAUAUCUCUGAAGCUCUAGGGUACAUUCGGUGAUGCCUGUCCGAAGUACGACACCAGCCUGUGAUCAACUUGCAAUUUAGUUCAUGCAUCUUGGUACUCGCUGUACCUUUUAUGGGCCAGGAUGUGAUUCUUCUACCAUUGGUUAUCAAAGAGGGUGACAUUGGUGUUCCGUUCCCAAAUCGCGAUAUACCGAGCGGGGCCUUUGGGUGUCUCUGUGAGCAACAUGUUAUAUAGUAACAAUAUACCCUGUUGGGGGUGCUCUGUAGUGGCAUAAAGACAUCAAAGGAAGGGAGUUCCCUGUGUAUCAAGUGCUUGCCUGGGAUGGAAGUAUAAUAGCUCUUUGGUGAUAAACUGACGUUUUGCAUGCCAGAUGGUGGUCACUCCGGAAGCCGUUCCAGUAGGCGCCGCAAGCCAUUUGGCGUGCACCAUUGCUGUGUGUGAACCCAGUCUGAGUUUGUUUUCAAGGACCCCAAGAUCUCUGCUGGAGACUGUACCUGCUACCUUAGGGUUAAAGGUGUCGGGGGGGAUAGAGUUGUGAUAAGGCAAGCAGUCAUUUGGAGUGAGCACCACCUUCACAGUAGCUCCGAUUAGUGGGUGUUCACAUACGAGCUUCUCCUUGAGUGAUUCCGCCGACCAAGGCUGGGAGGGAAGACGUCCUUGGAUUUUUAUUUAUUUAUAAUUUCUGCUUGUUGAUUGCGUGCCAGUCGACUAGCCUGAGGAGAUGAACAGGGCGGUAAUAAGUCUGAAUUGGCGGGAGGCCAACUCCACCUAGCCUCUUUGGCAGAGAUAAUUGGGAUUGUCUAAACCUGGGGAGGCUGACAAAUUUAAUUAGGGCUGAGUUAAAAGAUUGGAAAAAAAGCUUUUGGCAUGCUGAUAGGGAUGGUUUGGAAUAAAUAAAGCAACCGAGGCAAAAGAGGUUUGUCUUGGCCGCGUUAAUUCUACCAAAUCACAACACACACAAUCUCACAAUUACAGCUGGCUUAGGUCUCUAGUUAGCCGACUGCCAUCACUAUAUUUAAAAGCAAACUGCAGAAAUGACUGAGCUCUGCUUGAGUAUAAGCAAUUCGGAGUGCCUAUGAUUUUGUCCGCAUUGAGUUUAAGGUUCGAAAGCUUGCCGUAUGUCGAGAAUGCCGACCAGUAAGUUGGGAAGGGAGUUUAGGGUAGUCUCAAGGAAAAUGUGAGCAGAUCACAUGCAUACGCAGUGACCUUAUGGCAAACUCCUCCACAUGUGAACCCCGUUCCCCACCAUCUUGUUUGGCCGCCUCCAGAAAAGGGAGAGCAGCCACAUCAACACAAUAAUAUUUCCGUCAUGUGUCCUUAAGGAGUUAAGGUCAUUAUCUGCUUAUUCAGAAUUUACAAUCUUCUCUAUCAUCUUAUGCUGCUGCGGAUGAACUACAGUCCAGUCCUGGACAGCAUUUUCUAGAUAAGGGUCAAACCUGUCAGACUUUAAUGAGAGGUCACUGAUUGGUGCAGGCUCUCUCUGGUUUCCUGGUCUUGGAGUGACUCUCAUGUGAUGCAUCUGACUUUGCCAGUGUAGUAGAAAUUCAAAGGUUAUUUCUCUAUAUAAUGCAUCAAAAUGGGGUCACACUCAUCAGAAAGUCAUUUAACUGUGACACUGCCCUAGAGUGAGCUGAAUGGCAUGUGUCAGAUACCAGUCCCUUGUGCUAUGUGGUACAUUGUGCAGCCAGAGUGUCGAACGGGUUUGUUUCUCACGAUUGUACAUAAACCGCAUCUUCCUUGAACUCACUGCAGUUUCUGUGAAGAAACACUUCCUCAAAUUUCCACUUAAUGUAGGCAGCCACCAUUCAGACUGAGAGACCAACUCCAUUUUCUAGUACUUCUGUUUAUCUGAAACUCAUUUCUUCUACUGUAUGUUUUUCAAGAGUGCAAAACACACGUGUGAAAGCUCAUUUGGUUAAUGCAAUAAUUUUAGAAUGUUACAUUUAUAUAAAGUCUAGGGUGCCUUGAACACACAAUCUGCAUUAUCAAUGUAGAUUUAUGUGUGAUGCCGGCAGUAUUACAUUUUAUUUAUUUAUUUUCCCUAGAAUAGUCUUGCUUUUCACGCUGACAAAUGAGAGUAGUAAGACGGGAAUCUAAUCUCAAACUAUACUGACAACCACAAACCUGGAGCAAGAGGAGAUGGACAAAAGAUAUACGCUAAAGAUCAAUGCAGUGUAUUCGCAGAAAAGUGGUGGAACCAAGCAGCUGCAGCAGACUGACACUCACUGUAUGGGCUCCGUAACAUCUCACUAUAUUCCCGACUUUCCAUCAGUCCCCCGACCCGAAAACUGAGGUGCAGGCACACCCAUUUGCCAUUGGUUGCAAGACCAAAAAACAAACCCGACUAGCCCAGAACGGGUAUAAACGUUUAAGAUCUGCUGAGGCAAGUGCAUGGCCACCGACAUCGAUGACUUCUCUCACUCGGAUAAUGUACAUACUCAUUUGCACUGACAUAUCUAGAGUUAGCACUCCUAGUAUUUAUAUAAAUUUGAGACAACUUCUCGUUAAUUAUCUCUUAGGCCGCCUACAGGUUUGCCUAUUAUAUGUACGCUCUGGGAUCUCUAUAUAACUAAAAGAGACUCACCAUACUAACCACAGCUCUAACUGUACAUUUCCUGUGCUUAUUUGCUCGUUAAUGUUGAAUUGUUUCUAUAGCUUUGUACUGACCUUACGUGAUGUUAUUUCUAUAAUGACCGUCAGAUGAGCAAAAAAAUUAAGAAUUAAAGAAAAAGAAUAUAGCAGAAAAUCCCAGCUUCUACCUUUUUAAAGGAACACUAUAUAGUGUCAGGAAUACAAAUGCAGUCAAAAGGUUAUUUUACUCCCUUUUUCUCACACGCUCCGCCGCAACAGCUGAGAUCCUCAAUCCUGAUCUCAACCAAUCCAAUGCUCUCCUAUAGGAAAACCUUGGGAGGCUGUGGUGGAUGCCAUCUACCCGUCUAAAAGUUUAAAAAUAAUUUAUCUAUUCUUCUGGCUCUCCCUACCUUCCCAUCAAUGUAGCCCCUAGAGCAUCACACUCCACCGUGCCUGCUAGUAGCCAGGGAGAGCUGGAGUAUCUCACUGCCUUGAGCAGAACCUGACCAUAUUUCUUCUUGAACUCCGGCUCAGGCACAAGCAUCACAUGAGCCCUGUCAAAUUGUCCCACUGUUUUGACCUCUUACCAGAGUGAUAAGAGAGCGCUAUUUAGAGGGGAGGUACAGGGCAUACCUAAGAAUACUCGCUUUCUGAGAGCCCAGCUUCUUCAGCCCACAGGAGCCCCCGUAAAAUGAUUGGGACCUAGCCGCAACCGGCCUGGAACUAUUUUUGACAGGACUUCCAUAGUGAAUCAGUGUAUCUCUAUAGGGAAAGUUCAGUGCCUCCAUGCAGCACUGACACCGGAAGCACGUUUAGUGGCCGUCUGAGUGAAUGCCACUAGAGGUGUUACUAGGCAGCAAUGUAAGCACUGCUUUUUUAUUUAUUAAUUUUUUCUAAAAAGGCAGUGUUUACAAUGCUACCACUGCAGGGACUGGCUAUAGACCCCCAAAAUCACUACAACAAGCUGUGAUUAUGGUGUCUAUAGUGUCCCUGUUACCUUAUCUAGAUAUCAAUCCUAACGUGGGUACCUGGAGUAUGGCUUUAUUUGUAAAGAACUGUUUAUUUUUUUAAGUAAGAAUUUUUACUCUAAAACAAAAUUCUCAACACGUCACUUGUUAAUGUAUAGUUCAUUCUUGGGUUGCAUUUUCAAAUAGUUUUUUAGAGGAAAUUUUUCUCAAUAAGGGUUUUUUUUGUUUUGUUUUUGUUUGUAGUUACAGAGCUAUACCACAGGAAGGAAACCUAAUUCAUUGAUCUAUUUUUGCAGAUAUUUUAAUUUUCUUGUCUUUAUUACACAAUCUGCAUAAAGUACAUAGAGAGGAUUUUAUGGUUGGAAACUGGUGAAAGUCCACCUUGCUUAGAAAAGAAGUUAUAUGAUGUGAAACUUUGUCCCCAGUCAAAAACAUCAAGGAAAACAGAGUUCUUACAUUUUGAGUCUGACUUGUAGGCUCUUGUCCAAAUUCUCUUUUAGCGCUGUCCAACAGUAGCUCCCUGUGUCUUUCUGAAUAUGUUCCUUAGUGUCCAACCAGGCUUAGGACCUCACUUUUGGACAUCAUCGUAAUGUAGUAUAAAACAAACAAAAUAAACGCUGCAUAUUUCUGCAUGUGAGGAUCUAAAAAAGGAUUACUAUCACACGUUUGUUGUCGUUCCAAACGUAAAAACUGUUGGACAAUCCACCACUUGGUCAGUAAAGAAGGAAUCAUGGAGAACUAUGAAGAAACUGUCUCACAGAUCAAUAAAACAAUUGAAAGAUUUGAUGGAUAAUAAAUUUCCCUUGUAUUUAAUUAUUUUAUCAAAUACAUGGUAAAUGUAUUAUCCUUCAAUUAAUCUAUGAGACCGCUCCUAGUUUCAUGUGGUAUUCGAUCAUGAAUAUUUAAUCAAUUUACUAAUAAUGUUUAUGGAAGUUUUAUUGGUGAGGGUUCCUUAGAGGAAGUAUUUUUAAAAAUUUUUUUUUUUUUUUUUGUCUGGAGCAUUUGAUGCUCAAUAUAGGGUUACCCUCACCAGGCAACCCUAUCAGAACCCUUAUUACAUAUGGGGGUUCUGGUGUGAAAAAUAAAAUUAAAGUAUAUCCUGGAGAAACUUGCAAUUUAUUAAGUUUAUUCACUAAACUAGAAAUUAAAGAGAAGGAAUUAUGGUUUAAACAUAAUUUCAUUACAAAUUGGUUUUGUCUGCCUUGUCUGGAAUGUAAAACAUUAUCAUUUAUAAGAAUGUAUUCUUUCCGAUAAAAAAUAAAAACCCUUUUAAUUUGGGGACUGGUGGUGUGUCCUAGGGAAACUCUUUUAAUACAGCAAUGUGUAAGUGUUCACUUCUAGACAGUCUGACCUGUAUGGAUGGCUGAAGCCAGUCCUAGCAGAAAGUAAUUCUUGGGCAGAUGGCACAGAGAUAACCCGGGUAUGUGCGAGAGCUGAAAUAAAGCCUGAUCUCCUAGACAAACACACUGACUGAAUUUGACCGCGAAUCGAGGAAGCAUUUUUUUUUUUUUUUUUGCUGACAGCUUCCUAAAGAUCAGUAACAGCAAAAACAAACUGACCAUGUUUUCUGUGUUAAAUGCCAUUCUCCGUGUAGUCAUGUGAACGAGGUUCCGUGAUUAUAUUAAUUCAACCCCAAGCUACAAUCUUAAGUAUAGUCACUGUAUCUCCCAUUCUGCGGAGGCUCCUGGUGUUUUUUCUGUAAUUAAAUGAUCUAGAAGUUAAACUGCAUGGUGGCUAGUCAUGAGUAAUCUAGGCUGACCAACCUCUUGCUUUCGCAUGCUCUUUCUGCUGUAAAGCAAAGACUUAAAUAGGACCCUUAGCUGUUGUAGCAAUACCAUACACCUGCUGUUUGCCAGCCCUCACAGCCGAGGGUACACCACUUACACAUUUAUUACAAUAGUGAUGAGCGACCGCUGUACAAGUGUGAAUCUACACUCCAAAUUUCCCAUAUUGGAAGAGCAUUAUGGGGGAUGAAAUGCUUCUACAGCUGUAUAAUUACCUGCUAGCCACCCCUUUAUGUAGUACGUGACAUUCCACAGAUGGAAUAUGUGUUUUAGUCCUAUGAUUGUCCUAUAUAUUCUCGUAUCUCAUGUAAUAAAACCCUCUUGUUUUCCACACUAGGAUCCAGCACUUUAAAAAGUGUAUCCGGUUUAUUCACGAGUCUCGGCUCCAUGGAGGUGGAUGUCUAGUUCACUGGUAAGUCAUUUUAUAUUCGUUUAUCUGGGAGGGAAGGGGUAAAUAUAUAUAGCGGCACAGCUAGCAACACUGAUGAAAACCUGCCAACGUUUCCACAGUGUGACACCACUACCAGGAGCCACGUUCUAGAACCCCGUAGAGGUGGCAUGCCAACAAACCAUUAGUUAAUCAGAGUAAGGGAAACGCGGAACAAUUAGAUGUCGUUGGAUCCAGGACGCCCACUACUUGCUUUAUAGAUAAAAACAAGAACAUUUUACAGUCAGAGGAUGAUGGAGCUCGGUACAUAGCUGUGGCUGCCUUUCAACAUGUGACUACAAAAGCAGCAGAAGGAGUCACAGCUUCCUUUUUGUUACAGACCUGGAGGCGUGGGGAGUCGAACAUUGCUCAGGCACUAUGACAAGUAGUGGGUUUCACGCUAGUUUUAUGAAUGGUGGAAAAACUCCAGAGACCAGAGUGGUGGAGCUGCUUUGUCUGACUAAGAUGUUGGCAACAAUAUAAAGUUAUGUCAACAAGGUAGAGAAUACUUGUGACAGACUAAAGUGGGGAGAUUGAGGCAUCGUGUUACAAUGUGACAGUCUGAGCAAGGGAGCUUUAAAUAUCAUAACUUAUGUGGGUAAUUCAUUGCACCAUGUGAGUAAAAUCAACAUGUUUACACUCUGCAAUCUCGAAUACAGUUUCACAAGCUCCCCCCACAAAAGCCAGCGCAAAUUAUUCUCUGUUUGGGUCAUCAUUAUUCGAGUAGCGAUUGCCUUUAUUUAUUGCAAAAAAAGUCAAAAAGCAUUAGUUGGGUAUCGGCAGAAUACACAGGAUUAUUCAGUAAAGUGUUUUGUCAGGAAUUCCAAGUAAAUUUCAAAUUUUAGUUACAAACUUGCUUAACAGAAAACAGAGCUGAUUAGGGUUUUUUUUUUUCCAUUAUGGCUAUUUUUGGUCUAAUCGAGGCCUAAGUUGGGGUGCUGCAGUCCUGGAAAUUAGAGGCAGUCAUUACAUUGUUUAAAACAUAAUAAAGGACUUAAACCAAAUGCAAAUGUCAGAAAUGUUGAAAUUAAAUUGCUAUUUUGACAAAAUUUUGCAAUAUAGCAAAGCCGUGACUAGCUCUGAGUUGGAGAAUUUGUUCUUUCAAAUUUCAUGUUUAUUAGAAUUAAUCGUUCAGUGAAUAGAUCCUGUUAUAUUAUCUACUUUUCUGGUUGCUUGGGAGUCUAAAGAGGCUUUACCAGAUGGUUUGUACUUUUUUUUAAAUAAUUUACAUAAAAACUUGGUUUUAUACAAAUGUUUAGAACAGAACCAAAAUGUGGGUAAAAACAAAGCCCACAAAAAAAAGGGGGGUUAUAAAUUGCAGUUCAUUCACAAAGUCAUUAUGACUCCUAUCAGAAAUGUGAGUCAAACGUCACAGCUGUAGAAGGUUUACUUCGCUAUAGUUGAGUAAAUUGACCUUGAAAAAAGAAACUAUUUACAUUUUAUUUCCUAAUGAGCCAAUUGGAAAUCAAGUUUGUUUGGGGGCUUUCAAGAAAAAUAACCCAUAAUCCCAACUUAAUCUUUAGUAUAUAUUUCCUAUUUCUGGGGCUUUUUUUCUCCCAGCUGUUUAUUUUUAUUAUGUAGGGUAUUCUGUAUUUAUAAAAUGCUCCUUAUUGCACAGGGCUGUACGGUGCAUUUAGAGCAUCUCACUAAACUAAACUAAAUUUUGCAUUUCUGUUCCACACCAACAGCCUGGCUGGAGUAUCUCGCAGCACAACUAUUGUGGUGGCCUAUCUCAUGACUGUGACAAAUUUGAGCUGGGAAGACUGUCUUUCAGCUGUGAAAUGCGUCAGGUCCUAUGUUGACCCAAACUUUGGUUUUCAGCAGCAGCUUCAGGAAUACCAGAUGAAUUACGUUACAGAGGUAUGGAACUUCCCUCCGUCUUUAACAAACUCUUAAAACCUUUUAGUGUUUAGUGUCAUUUUAGUGUUUUCUUAUACCGAUAUUGGACAUUUUGUAAUAAAAUGUGCCAUGUUUUUAUGCAAGAGAGGUAAGGCCACUGAAAGUUAAUAGGGUCUGUUUCCGCGUACGCACGAUAUAUGAAUUUAAACAUAGAGUUUCAGAAAUAAUUUUGACUUGAUCCAUACUCUGCUAAAUAGAAAUAGGCUCCAGUGAUACAGUGCAAAUAUACACUACCAGCCAUAGUAAAGGCAAUCCACAAAUCCGUGUCACACACUACAGUCCUUUGUUAUACAUAGUAUUCUACAAACAGACCCCUUUGCACACUAUAACCCUCUACACACAUGCAACCUCCAAACACUUACAACCCCCCAGAGAGCAUCCCCACACAUGCUCAACACCUUAACUGACAUGUUCCACCUUUGUUCUCUGGUAUCCCACUAUUGAUGACACCAGAGACAAGUCACUAGCAAAUGCAUGCGCUGUGCAGAGAAGGAAAAAAAAAAAAGGGAAAUUUACUCCACAGAGAGCACUGGAUGCUGUGGAGAGGCAUGACACUAAUACUCAUUUUUGUGGGGUUUGGUGAAAGGGGCCCUUGUCAGUGAAAACAUAACACAUCCCUUUCUGGCUCCUCUCCUGCCCACAACAGGUGUUUAAGUGGAGGGUAUUGAACAGUGUCCCUGAUAACUAGUUGGACUCAAACUCCAGUUUACUCUACCAGCCAGUGACUUGCAGUCCGGUAGCAGCUAGUGGGCAGUUUGACACUAUGGUUUUAUCCUUGAACUGAUCUUGCAUCAUGUUUUCUUGUGUUGACUUUUAACGAUUUUGUGAGGCCCCACACUUAGAACAAAAACACUAUGUGAUUUCCAGGCAAUUCAAGAUGUAAUGUGGCUGCUUUUCUACAGACUGAACACAUACCGGUUCAUAGCCUGUGCCCACUGGCUUUAAAACCCACAUCACUAAACUGAGCCGUGCAGUUUUCAUUACAGUGGAAACCAGGGAAUAUAGAUCAAGUCCCAUGACCUGCGCCUAUAGAAAUGAGUCACAUGUUCCUCAGACUAGUGCCUAAUGUGACAAAUCACUCAACCUCUUUCUGCAUUUCACAACAUGCAAUGGAUAUUCCCACAAGGGCUUCCCCUACACAAGCUCUACACCAUGCCGAAAACACAUGAUAUCAAGAGGGCAAAAAUGGUGUAAAUAAAAAAAGUGUUAAAAAAAAAAAAAGUGUAUAUAUAAAAUUUCUUAGGCAAGUAACGUGUGUGUGUAUGUGUAUGUGUAUGCAUAUAUAAGAAUAUUAAAGGAACACUUCAUAGAAAUAUUUUUAGUAGAUAUACUCCAAAUAAUCUAACUAUUGUUGCAUGUUUUUCUUGGGGGGAGUAUAUUACAUCUUGGUUUGCAAUAGCUGCAGAUUAUUCUUUAUCAUUAUUGGCAUUUAUAUAGCUCAACAUAUUCUGCAGAGCUUUAAGAAGACCCUGUUUAAACAGGCUUACAAUGUAGGAGCAGGUCUAGUAUAACUAUUCUGGGCUUCUCACUAGACAUUUGCAAUUUGUUUCGUUCUGAAUCUAAAUUUUUCUGACAUUGGAACGAAUAAAAACUAAUUAUUUUGGAUCCAUUUGUUUUAAAUAAGGAUUGCAAACUAGGUAGUUAUUUGCUCAACAACCAAACAUGGCGUUUCUUAAGCUUAUACUUUCAGCUGUUCAGUAGAUGGCUCCCUUAUGCGUAUCCAUAAAUAUGGAAAUUCCAUGAAAGGAUAGAAAAUUAGGGAGUUAAAUAACGAACAGCUGAAAGAUCAAAUUUAAGAAUUAAUUCUUACUUUUUAGCCUUUCAGCUAUUUAGUGGACAACUCCUUAAUUUGGUACCCCUUGUGUUUGAUUACACUUUUUAAGUAUACGAACUUAUGGAGCUACUUGCGAAAAAAUACCCCUGUAGGGAAUAAUGGGGGUCAGAAUCUCAGAAGCCAGUACAUUUUUCUGAAUUGUUAAUUUCAGAAUUUCAGAUGAACUGAAAUUCAAAAACAAACAAAAACCCUGCUGACCAGCUAUUUAAUUAGCAGCUGUCUAAUCACUGCUUCUUUGUGCAGGUGCCUGCUUUUUGACUUUAUUUCCACAGUGCUAAACUCCUCGGAACAAAGACUCCCUGUCUGAUAACCAGUGCGUUCUAACAGGGCUCAAAUAUGAAUAAAGUGAUGAUUUCUACUGAAAUCUGCAUCGUUAAUACAAUUGAAGAAAAAGAGCACACUCUACACACACACAAAGAACUUCAGAAAGCUGAACAGCUUUAUGCUCCCCAAUAUAAGUAACCAAACUGUCUAAUGGUUUGACUUUUUACCUAGAGUCGGGUGGUUACCCGUCACUGCCUUGAGCUAACUCCAAUUUGUAAAUGCGUGCUAAACCUGUAUACUGAAACCUGUGUAGAGUUCUACAGACUGCAUGGCUCAAUAUUACAUUUAUAUAUACAUUUAUUUUUUUAACAGACUUCCGAUUUGUAUGUAUAGCAUAACGGGAAACAGAAUUGUAUAAAUGAACCAAGAACUGGUUCAGAUCUCUGAUUGGUCUCGGAGUGUGACAUGCAAGUGUGCAAAUUCAGCACCUGCAUUGUUGGUUUACACAGAACUGAAUAGAGGGCUCCUCACACAUUGGUUUUGUAUCUGUGAGUGUGAGAUCAACAUUUCCUUUUCAAGUGGGUGAGGAAGGGCUUCAUAUUAUUUUUUAUAGUUGAAAUACUUCUAAUGUGUUUUACAUUUAAACAAAAGCAGGUACACCAGUUCAGACUCCCGUGCAUGGCAACAUAGCAUAUCUGCUAUGCCAGGUCAAUUUAUCUAUAGGGAAAACGAUAAACAAUGAUAGACCAUGAGGCGUUUUGUCUGCAAUCCUUUUACUAUCGUGGCUGCUUGUGGUGUGAGAUUCUGUGUAAUCUGUUGGUAUACUGUAGCCUUUCCACUGAUAGGAAUGGAGUUACAAUACACACUGCUGGUGGAAAACCAGAUACAAAUAUUAGACAUUACACUGGUAAGUAGAAUGUAGCAAAGAGCCAGAUAUUCUGCAAUGUUCCUGAUCCCCUUGCCCCAAAAGCAGUAAGUAGUACUCUUACACAAAUUCUGACAUUCUAUGCAGAGGGUGGGUGUGUGCACCUAUAAAAAGACCUAAUACCCCAUCUGAUGGACUUUAUAAACAUAUUGGACGUUUUAAUAAGCAAUGCAUUAAUAAAGUUGACAUUGUAAGACAUAAACCACAAUUAUUGCUCCAAUGCAAUUAAAGACAAUUAUUUUUAAAAAAUAUGAAAAUGUAAUUUAUUGGUUGGCAUCUUAAAAGUGCCGAACCACGGAAAGUGUAUCCAGUGUGAACUCCAAAUAAUUCUGAGAGGGGACAGUAAGACACAUUCCUUGCAGCUACACCAAUAAUGUGGGAAGCCAAUGCUAAAAUGACGUAUUACAAUAAUUGUCCAAUAAAAGUUAAAAUUUCAUUUGUGUGUCAGACACAUUUAGUUCCGAAUAAAACCAGUUCAAAGCAGAGGAGGCUGCAAAGCAGAGCAGUGUGGGAAUAACUAACAAAACCCGGUCCACUCCUUUCUGAUAGGAACAGGUAUUGCGUGUGAGAUAAUCGUAGAAAGGUGACACCAAAACAGCAGGAUUUUUUUCUGUGGCUGACCAUAAAUGUCAGAGAUGGCUGUGUAGCUCAGACAGGAAAGGACAUAGAGAGAGAGAGAGAAAAAACACUCACAGUACACUGACAAAAAAGGAAGCACUUAAGAAAAGCACACAGUACAUCAAAGGGGAAAUAAUUUAUUUUAAUUUUAACCCUGAAAGAAACAUCAAAGUGACAGGCAGCUCCCUGACAGGUUUUGGUGUCUGUGUCUAUUAAAAAUAACACCGUAUUUAUCCAGGAAAGGUACAUUCAGCUAUACUCUGGUUUCCAAGUACAUCCUGGGGAUAUUACCGUUGCCCAACAUCCAUGGGAUGUUAAUAGUUGUAAUAUAAUCUCCUCUAUAGCCCCGGGUAUCUGUUAUUAAAGGGACACUCCAUGCAUGAUAACCGCGUAUAACUUAUGGUACAUGUUAUAUUGUGGCAUCCAAAUAUACAGAAUUGCCAACAGUUGCAUGCAAAUCAUUACUUUUUACAGGUGUAAAUAUACAUAAAUACCUGGAAUUUUUUAUUUAUCACUUUUUAAAAUCAAUAAAUAUAGAUUUUAAUUCAGUCAAUACCAAUAACAGAAGUAGGAAUGAACAGUACAAGACGAGGGGGGUGACAGAGUAUGUGUCUCCUGUGGUUAGCUAUCUACAUUUUACAUAAACAUUCUCUAAUUUAAAGGCACACUAUAGGCAACCAGACUACCUCAUCUCAUUGACGUAUUCUGGGUGCAGUAUCCCUGUCCCCUUAACCCUGCAAGUUAAUACAUUGUUUCAGUUUCUUGUGACUGUCUAUCAGACGCUGUGCAUGAGAAUGUUCAAUGUCUUGUAAAACCCCAUAGGAAAGCAUUGAGUCAAUGCUUUCCUAUGUGGAAGGCCUAAUGUACGUGCGCCUCUCGACUGCCUAUGCGCACUAGGUUCCCGGGUUACACUGACGUCGGAGGAGGAAACUAAUCCAGCACUGAGGGACCUCAGCACUAGAAUCAGGCAAGUGUUUAAAGGGUUUUUGUUUAACCCUUUAGAUCCCUUGAAUUUUAACACUUUACUUCCACCCACCAUAAUAUACAAGCUACAUCACACACGGGUAAUAACCGCUUCGGGUAAUUCAUCCUCAAAGUGAUCAUGAAAAAGGGUGAUGUAGAAAGAGUAGUAUUUGCAGAGACCAAGGAAGGCUGACCUUUCUCUUUCUCUUUAGCUGAUUUCACUUCAACAAGUGAAGAAUUUAAAGGAAGAUGGGAAAGUGUUUAACUCGUAUUUCAAUAAUUCCUAACCACAAAGACAGAGAGAGAAUGAUGUCUCAGGAUAAGUUCAAAUAAUCAAUACUGCAGAAUGAGAUUUACUAAGACUCCCUCUCUCCAGGUUCGUGAUUGAAUUCUAUGUCGUGGCUAGAACAUCCUUUACUUUUCUCACUGAGAUUCAUUAUAAUAGCUGUCACAGAGGGCCAUUCGAUCUGUGUAUGUAGGACAUGAUCUGACAUUUAUUUCAGUGAGCAGAUACGGUAUUAGAACCAUGUGGCCAACACACUAACCCUUGUCUAAAAAUACCAUGUCAUAAUGAUGUAAUAUAAAAGAUAUACAGUGAGGAAGUGUGUAUGUGCUUAAAAUAAGGCAAUCUCUGGGUUUUGGAAACACACCUCUAAAAGUGUCUGUCUGUCUGUCCUUGCACUCUUGCUGUGUUCUCUAAUUGCCGGGUGCUUUAACCAAGCUGCGGUAUACAAAAUAAAUAAAAGAUUGUAGCACUCACGGUCUUCUAAGAAUAAAAAGCUUUUCUUGAUUAAUCCUUUCCGGGUUCUCAUUAAUGUGUGAUGUAGUUUAGGUCAACGUUUCAGUCCCUGCUUUAAACUUUCCUCAGGACCCCAUGGGGGGAAAAAAAGUAACUUUACAUUAAUGCUUGCAGGUUGCACAGGUUUUCUUUAGCAAUCAAAGGGCAGUGUCACAUGAUCACCCCAAACAACCUCGCGUUCUGGAAGUACCAUACAUAUAUAGGUCUUACUGUGGUCACCGAAUGUGUCAUUUCCAGUAAUAUUUCCUCCUUAUUUACAGUGAAGCAUGCCAGUAGAAACUAGGAAUGUGGGAGCUAGGUGUUAAUGGGGGCCCCAAGAUUUAUAUUUUAUUUCAUGUAAUGGGGGAAAGCGAUCAAUAGCAAGAUUUCUGCUCACUGUCAGCCAAGGUUUCUUUGUAUUGGGUAUUUGAUAGAUCAUUUUAUGUUGUCGUGUUCAGGAAUUGGAACAGUGGUUUAAGGAGAGGAGCUUGGCUUAUUUUCUAUUUUCUGCCCUCCCUCCUCAGGGAGCAAUGCCCUCUGUAUAGCUAGAUUAAUUUCCAGGGAAUCCCUGUGUAUUACUGACAUUAUGAGAGCGAUUCCCCCAGCUCACUGUUACUGGUGACCUCAGCUAAGGUUUUCCCCAGCAUUAUUCCUCUGCAUGGGAUUCUCCCUCUCGGGGACAAGACCUCAUGCUCUGAUUUCUCAGUCCUCUCCCUGACUGAUCCACAAACCUUAAUCGAAGGACUGCAGCUGGUGGAUUAGGUAGUAAUGAUAUUUGAGUUUCUGUAUUAUUCCAGACCUGCAAAUGCAAAAUAAUAAAGUAUUGCACAUCAAUAGACACAAUGGCACUUACUUUCAGCACUGUGCACAUCAAUAUGGUCUGCUAGCAGACACUAAAUGUUCAAGGCGUAUAAACCAGCCACGGGAGCCAUAACUGAAUACUUUAAUCAAGGUGGAUGACUGGUUGUCUAAACACUCAAUAUUUUAUUCAUUGGCUUUAGCUGUACAGUGCAGUUAUUCCAUAUCACAAGUGAUUGGCGACAUUUCAUUAGCCCUUCUGCAUAUUGACUUGUUUGUAAUUAUUUUAAUUAUAAUUUUUUUUUUUCCCUCUCUACCAGUUCAGGGAUUAAUCGAGCUUGUGAUUGCUAGUUGCACAACGGACACAAAGUCACAAUGUUGCUUCAGCUGCACUAGUUGUGACUUGACAAAAAUCCCCAUUUCCGUCACAGUUGGAGGAGCUGCCUAAAAAAAAUAAAAAAAAUUAAACCAACACAAACGGUCCUUUGCAGAGUACUGUGGAGAGCGUCCUAAUUAAUUGUGGCCUCUGAUUCUCUCUAACGCAUCCAGCAGAAAUGCUGACCAAUAAUAUUUAGUUCUAGUUUAAAGUGCAGUUUUCUGUCACAUUGUUUUCAUUUUUGACAUUGUGUGAUUACUAGUUGUUGUAAGGUUAAUACUGGAUCGCAUAGCUAGUUUAAUUCGACCUAUUCUUGGCCAGUUGGUUGGGACAAAGACAUCACAGAUAUCCCCAAUAACAAUAUUGAUGCCUCUGGCAUUAGGAAGAGUCUAUCGAAUGGUAAUUGUAGUGUUAGUGUCAUACAAACAUUGAUUUUAACAUCAAACAUCAUUUUUAACUCUGAAGAUUAGUUUGCCAAGCCUAUACUAUUUAUGUAAUUUGGGGUCCUUUAACCCCUUAAGGACACAUGACAUGUGUGACAUGUCAUGAUUCCCUUUUAUUCCAGAAGUUUGGUCCUUAAGGGGUUAAAGCAAAGUAUUCUUCUAACACAAGUUUAUUUUAACAAAUUUAAAAUGACAUGAUUUCAUCUCUACUUUGUGCUAGCAAAUAUAUAGAUUAGGAGAGAAAGCUAUUUAAAUUAGGUCCAUCUCCCAGCUGUUAAUCUGUUGUUCUGCAUAGACCUGUACGCUAAUAUGAGCGUGUGGUUACGUUCCACAGGGGACACUCUACAAUUUUCAAGCUCUUCCUUGUUGGAUCUUUCCAAACCAUUGUGUUGGAAUUAUACUGCAAGAAUAAGACUGAAAUGACCUCCAAUGUAUGACCUGUGAGAGAACCAAUUUAAGAUGUGAAUUUCUGGGGGUAGCUAUGCAAGUAGAAUGUAUGUAGAGCGCACAGUUUUAUUGAACAUUCAUACUGAUUCUGUGAUACUUUAUUUCCCCCUCUUAUAGUACCGAGCCUGGCUGCGGCAGGAGUACGGGAGAAAUCCUUUUGAUGACCAAGGCACAGUGGAGAUGUUGGUUUCCCAACAAAAGCAAAAGGAACAACUGAGACAUACACAGUACCACUGGAUUAACCAGCCUAAUAUAGAGUAUCCACUCCCUUACAGAGCCUAUGGAUCCAGCAACAAAUGGACGAAUACCUAGGUGGGGGUCAGCCGCACGUGCCCUGCCUGGAGGUACCUCUACCAAAGAGACAUUCGUUUUUACCACUGUGUGUUUGUGGUUGUUUGCCUGGGAAGGAAAUUAUUAAAGAGAACCAUUAAUCUAUCUUGCACUAUUAACAGGACUGAGCAGUGCCUGUGUGAUAUUUCUUUUGCAAAAUAAAGUUUAUAUUCUUAUUUGAACAAUUAUAA